AUGUCUUCUCUUAGGACGUUCUUGGUCUCCACGAUCCUUGCGACAGCCGCAGUCGCAACAAGCCAUGAUUUCAAUUCCGGCGGCGGUGGCGGCAACUGGCAGCCACCUUCUAAUGGUAACGGAUGGAACAGUUGGGAGCAAACCAGUCAAUCUCCUCACCAGACCGCUCCUCCCCAAUGGCAGGCAGCUCCUUCUUGCCCAGCAGGAUGUAUUCCAAUCCCCACCGGCGGCGUUACACCACCACCACCUGGCCAGCUUAUGGUCCAAGUCGUAUCUGUCGCAGAUGCCAACGGCAGCUUGAAGUACUUCCCAAACAAGAUCGAUGCUCCUGUGGGCUCUAUCGUUCAGUUCCAGUUCCACCCCAAGAACCACACCAUCACAGAGUCCAGUUUUGCCGAGCCUUGCAAACCGCUCGCAGCUGACAUGACAUCUGCGAUGCGCCCUGGUGUUCGAUCUGGAUUCAUCCCAGUCAAGGGUGACGAACCAUUCACGCCUGUCUACAACGUUCUCGUCAACGACACCAAGCCCAUCUGGAUCUUCUGCGGUCAAGUCAACCAUUGCCAAAGAGGUAUGGCGAUGGUCAUCAACCAACCCAAGGAUAGUCCGAACACAAUCGAGAAGUACAUUGAGAACGCCGCCAAGCUACCCACUGUCUCUAUGCCAGCUCCGCCUCCAUCAGGUGCUACUGCUCCUCCCCCACCGCCAGCGCCCCCAGCGCCCGCUGCCACUGAGUCCUUCACCUUCGGAGGCGGCUUCCCUGGCGGUGGUGCACCACCUGCUUCAAGCUCUAUCGUCGAAGCACCACCCGUUCAGACGGUUGCCACCAGCUCCGUGGCUGUUGCACCCGCAACCUUCACAGGUGCUGCCUCGGGCUUGAACGUUCGGGAUGCAUCUCCAUUCGCAGGUGUGGUUUUGGGCGCGAUGGUGGCUUUGUUGUAA